AUGAAAAGUCCGCUCUCACAAGGAUUACAGCAGUUGAAAUUGUCUGAACAUGAGCAAAGCCGGCCACAACGGCCGAAACAAGACCGCCACGACCGCACAUCAAUUUCGGGCCGUCACAGUGUAUUAGAUGGAGCCGUCAAAAAGGCCUCUGCCCAUGAAGCUAGAGUCGCCAAAACGACGGUACGGAGCAGGGGGGAGAAUCUACUCAUUCACAAGUAUCCUCCUAAUGACAUCGAGUCCUUUGAGCGCGAAUACAACAUCAUGUCCACCGUCUCCAAGAUUCCGGCUCUCGCCAGCUAUGUCCCGCGGCUCAUUGGAGCAAACCGCAACUCUGGCACAAUAGUGCUCAGCACCCCAAAACUCCGCUGGUUCCGGCUCCUGAACUACAUGGAAGCGUCGAAAAUAGACCUUGACCAAAUGCUCGAAUUGAAAAAGGAGCUUCGCUCCUAUGUCGAUCUUCUGUACAGCCAUGGCGUGGCAUACCGCGUCAAGCAUGACUUUAUUUACCCCGCCCAAAAAGUCACCGGUCGUUGGGUACUUCAUUUGGCUGGCUGGAUGGAUGCAGAUUUCUGUGGUAACCCGAGUCAAUUGGAGUCGGCGGAGUGGAAGCAGCGGGAGACCGAGCAGUUGAACGAAAUAGAGCGGAUUUUUGAGCUGCUGAUGAGGCGCUAUGAGGACCUGCAGGAUGCGCGGAUCCGUGGGCAGAGGGGACAUCGAAUCGAACGGUGGAAUCUGACAGAUCAGCUCCGGGGGCAGAACUGA